GGUCGUGAAACCAUUAUAAAAUAGCAAAAAUUAGAGUGAAACGACGCGAAAAAUAUAAUCGCAAUAAAAUAAUAAAGUGAUGUAAAACUACACGCAAACGAUAACGAAAAGGUGCAAUUGCUUAAUAAUACACAGCCAAACGAAUACGAAAACUGCGCAGCAUAAAAUUCCAGCUUCAGGAAAAAAGAGCCAUAAAAAUCGAUUCUCCAACGAAGUCACAGUCAUACGGACCAAGAGAGAGACACUUUUCGCGCGGGCGUCGGAGGAGCGCCCAGUGCUGCUUACAUUUCAUUUUUUUUUUUUUGCCUACUUACUUGCCAAAAGUCCAGCCAAGACUGUGCGUGCUUCUCUAUGUGUGUGUGUGAGUGUGUCAAUGUACAUUGAUAAUUGAAUGUAUGUGUGUCCGCUAUUGUUAUUUAUUUGCGAAACCUGCUGAAAUCAUACAGGACAAACUAUAAUUGUAAUUAGGCAGUAACAGCAACGACACUAAUUAAAUGCAAAUACUUAAACAUCUGCCCUAAUAAUAACGUGUGCAAAUAAACUAAAUUCCAACACAAUAACAAUAACAAACACAGUGUGUACAUUACAAUACAUAAUACAUGUGUGUGUAAUAACAAUAACAACAACAACAGCGAGCAGCGCAAGUCAAGAAUGAAGUGGAAAUACAUCCCCCCCAAUCGUAAUUCGCCCCACAUGACGUAUUUUUAGGCGUGUGCGUGGCGCUAAUUGAAACUCUCACAAAAUUCGAAGCUUACUUCAGCUCACUUCUUUCCCCUUUUGUGCGUCUCCUCGUGAGUCACCUGCGCGCCCGCAAGCCAAAUAAGAGAUUGCGUGCCACUUUGCUACACACACAAUUCUCGGCGGGCAAAACUUAAAUUUAAUAUCAAACAACAACAACGAGAAGAAGAAGACGAAAAAGAAGAACAACAGGAAUACCGUCCCAGCUAUAUCCCUUUUUUCGCUGUAAGGAGUGCAUGAAUCACUCGCACACCCACACGCAUAGGCGUUAAUUGUAUUUAAAAGUGAGAGUACGUCCAAGGCGGCCCACACGAUGUCAAGUGAUAAGAUCAAAGUUGCUGUACGGGUGCGACCCUUCAAUCGGCGCGAAAUUGAAUUGGGUACAAAAUGCAUCGUCGAAAUGGAGAAACAGCAAACGAUAUUGCAAAAUCCGCCAUCACUGGAAAAAAUGGAAAGAAAACAACCAAAGACAUUUGCAUUCGAUCAUUGCUUCUACUCGCUAAACGCCGAAGAUGACAGCUUUGCGUCACAGGAGACGGUCUUCGACUGUGUGGGACGUGAUAUACUGGAUAAUGCAUUUCAGGGCUACAAUGCAUGCAUCUUCGCCUACGGCCAGACAGGCUCGGGCAAAUCGUAUACGAUGAUGGGUUCGCAGGAGAAUAAGGGCAUUAUACCCCGUCUCUGCGACAAGCUCUUCUCGGCGAUAGCAAACAAAUCGACACCGGAGCUACUGUACAAAGUGGAGGUCUCCUACAUGGAGAUCUACAACGAGAAAGUACACGAUCUUCUUGAUCCCAAGCCCAACAAGCAGUCGCUCAAGGUGCGCGAACACAAUGUACUCGGCCCCUAUGUCGAUGGACUCUCUCAGUUGGCUGUCGCAUCCUAUCAGGAUAUUGAUAACCUUAUGACAGAGGGCAACAAAUCGCGCACUGUGGCUGCCACAAAUAUGAAUGCCGAAUCGUCGCGCUCCCAUGCCGUAUUCUCGGUAGUCCUAACACAGAUACUCACCGAUCAGACAACUGGCGUCAGCGGAGAGAAAGUCUCUCGCAUGUCCCUCGUUGAUUUGGCUGGCUCCGAGCGCGCGGUCAAAACAGGCGCAGUUGGUGAUCGGCUUAAGGAGGGCUCCAAUAUUAACAAAUCCCUGACCACACUUGGCCUGGUCAUCUCAAAGCUAGCCGAUCAAUCAAAUGGCAAAAAGGGCGGAAACGAUAAAUUUGUGCCCUAUCGAGAUUCCGUGCUAACCUGGCUACUAAAGGACAAUCUCGGCGGCAACUCCAGGACGGUUAUGGUGGCCACCAUUUCACCGUCAGCAGACAACUAUGAGGAGACACUAUCCACGCUGCGCUAUGCAGAUCGUGCCAAGCGUAUUGUCAAUCAUGCCGUCGUCAACGAAGAUCCCAAUGCGCGUAUCAUUCGCGAACUGCGCCAUGAGGUGGAAACGCUGCGCAGUAUGUUGAAGCAUGCCACUGGCUCCCCAGUGGGUGAUGUCCAAGACAAGCUGGCAGAGAGUGAGAAUUUAAUGAAGCAAAUCUCGCAAACAUGGGAAGAGAAACUGGUCAAAACCGAGCGCAUACAAAACGAGCGUCAGCAGGCGCUUGAGCAGAUGGGCAUCAGUGUUCAGGCCAGUGGCAUCAAGGUGGAGAAGAACAAGUACUACCUGGUCAAUUUAAAUGCAGAUCCGUCCCUGAAUGAGCUCUUGGUUUACUACCUGAAGGAACGUACGCUAAUUGGCGGUCGGAGCAUUAGUGGACAGCAACCGGAUAUUCAGCUCUCUGGUCUGGGAAUACAGCCUGAACACUGCGUUAUAACUAUUGAGGAUAGCGGUUUGUUUAUGGAGCCCGUGCAGGGUGCCAGGUGUUUCGUCAAUGGUUCAGCUGCGCUGGAGAAGACUCCGCUGCAAAAUGGUGAUCGUAUACUCUGGGGCAAUCAUCACUUUUUCCGCGUCAAUUCGCCCAGGGUGGGCAUGAAUGCCAGUAUGUGUGCUUCCGAGCCGCAAACACCCGCACAGCUUAUCGAUUACAAUUUUGCACGUGAUGAGAUUAUGCAGAAUGAGCUGAGCAAUGAUCCCAUACAGACGGCAAUUGCUCGCCUCGAGCGGCAGCAUGAAGAGGACAAGCAAGUGGCGCUUGAGAAGCAGCGGCAAGAGUACGAGCGGCAGUUCCAGCAGCUGCGCAAUAUUCUCUCCCCAAGCACACCCUAUGCUCCAUAUGCGCCCUACGAUCCGCUCCGCAUGGGCAAGGUAACGCCUAACACGCCCACCUCGCAGAUGCGGGUGGAAAAGUGGGCACAGGAACGUGAUGAGAUGUUCAGGCGUUCACUGGGACAGCUAAAGACGGACAUUAUGCGCGCCAAUUCGCUGGUGCAGGAGGCCAACUUUCUAGCCGAGGAAAUGGAGAAGAAAACCAAAUUCUCAGUCACUUUGCAAAUACCGCCAGCGAAUUUGAGUCCUAAUCGACGGCGCGGCGCCUUUGUCAGCGAGCCAGCGAUUCUGGUGAAGCGCACAAAUUCGGGCAGCCAAAUCUGGAGCAUGGAGAAGCUGGAGAACAAACUGAUCGAUAUGCGUGAGAUGUAUCAGGAGCACAAGGAGCGCAUUCUCAAUGGACUGCCCCUUAUUGAGACAUUCUCAGACGAUGAAUUCGACGACAAGGACGAGGACAGUAAUAAGCCACAGGAUCCGUUCUAUGAGUCGCAGGAGAACCACAAUCUGAUUGGCGUGGCCAAUGUGUAUUUGGAGGUGUUGUUCCAUGAUGUCAAGCUGGACUAUCACACGCCCAUCAUUAGUCAGCAGGGCGAAGUAGCCGGUCGCUUGCAGGUGGAGAUUCAACGUGUCGCUGGACAAAUGCCGCAGGAUCGCAUGUGCGAGUCGGUGUCGGAAACGUCAUCAGCGGAUUCGCGUGAUGAGUACGAUGAUCCUGUUGACCCUAUGGCAAAUCAGAUCACUUGCCGCGUCACCAUCAAAUACGCCUCCGGUCUGCCACUGACGCUGUCCAACUUUGUCUUUUGCCAGUAUACAUUCUGGGGCCACCAGGAAAUGGUGGUGCCGGUCACUAAUGCCGAAUCCACGGCACUUGAUCAGAAUAUGGUCUUCAAAUUCGAACACACCCAAGAUUUUACGGUCAAUAUUAAUGAGGAGUUUCUGGAGCACUGCCUCGAAGGAGCGCUCUCAAUUGAAGUGUGGGGCCAUCGCAGCGCCGGAUUCUCCAAGUCCAAGGGCUGGGAGGUGGAGCAGCAGCAGGCCAAGGCUCGCUCCCUCGUCGAUCGCUGGGCGGAACUGUCGCGUAAAAUUGAAUUGUGGGUGGAAAUACACGAGCUAAACGACAACGGCGAAUACUCACCGGUCGAGGUGACCAAUCGCAAUGAGGUGCCCACUGGUGGCAUCUACCAGCUACGUCAGGGUCAGCAGCGUCGCGUCAAUGUGCGCGUCAAGCCGGUGCAGAACUCUGGUACAUUGCCCAUCAUCUGCCAGUCGAUCGUCAAUGUGGCCAUUGGCAGUGUUACGGUUCGGUCGCGAUUGCAGCGACCGCUCGACUCCUACCAGGAGGAGGAUCUCACUGUGCUGCGCGAAAAGUGGAGCGAGGCGUUGGGUCGGCGUCGCCAGUACUUGGACCAGCAGAUACAAAUGAUUAUCAAAAAAGAGGAGAAAAACGAACAAGAGCGUGAACGUGAGCUGAGCCUGGUGCAUCAGUGGGUCUCCCUCACCGAGGAGCGCAAUGCGGUGCUGGUGCCGGCUCCGGGCUCAGGCAUACCGGGUGCACCCGCAUCUUGGGAUCCGCCAGCCGGCAUGGAGCCACAUGUGCCCGUGCUGUUUCUCAAUUUAAAUGGCGAUGAUCUCUCUGCGCAGAAUACAAACGAUGAGCUAUCCAUAGCGGGCAUCAAUUCCAUUCUAUCCAAGGAGCAUGGCCACAAGUUCUACACGCUGCAAAUACUUCAGCAUCUGGAUAAGGAUGUGUGCUGCGUAGCCAGCUGGGACUCGUCAAUGCACGACAGCCAUGCGCUGAAUCGCGUGACCGAGGCAAAUGAGCGCAUCUAUUUAAUACUGCGCACAACUGUGCGCCUCUCACAUCCAGCGCCCAUGGAUCUAGUGCUGCGCAAGCGCCUCAUCAUCAACAUCAAGAAGGGGCAAACGUUAACCGAUCGGCUGAAAAAGUUUCGACUGGUGCGCGGUGAGAAUGCCAUUUGGCAGAGCGGUGUCACCUAUGAGGUCGUCUCCAACAUACCCAAGGCCUCCGAGGAACUCGAAGAUCGCGAAUCGCUCGCCCAGCUGGCAGCUAGCGGAGAUGAUUGCUCUGCCUGCGAUGGUGAGACCUAUAUAGAGAAAUACACGCGUGGUGUUUCGGCCGUGGAGAGCAUAUUGAUAUUGGAUCGCUUGCGUCAGAGUGUUGCCGUCAAGGAGCUGGAGACGGCACAUGGCCAGCCGCUGUCGAUGCGCAAGACCGUCAGUGUGCCGAACUUCUCGCAGGCGGUCAAAGAAACCACCAACACCAGCAGUAUCAUGCGCUUCGAUGCCUCCAUGGAAUCGCUGCUAAAUGUGGGUCGCUCCGAGUCCUUUGCGGAUUUGAACAACACGGCGCUGGGCAACAAGUUUACGCCAGCACUCAGUGGCACAGGAGGCGGUGGCGGUGGCGGUGUCAUAAGGAAUCGCCACAGCUUUGGUGGCAAGGGCAGUGGCGACGACUCACCGGGCAAAGCCUUUGGCAUUGCGCGCCCAACAUUUUUGAAUCUCAAUUUAAACUUGAACACAUUGAGAAUUACGCCAACAAAACCUUCACCGGCCACCAGCAAACUGAUGGGCAUGCGCAUGACAACGCUGCACGAGGAGCCGCUGGGCGGGCAUCGUUCGCUGGAUGAGGAGCCCGAGGACAGCUAUAGCGAUUCGGAGUAUGCCGCCGAAUACGAGCAGGAGCGGCAGCAAAACAAAAGCCUGGCCACACGCUCGCGGUUGACGUCCUCGAAAACCAUGGACUCGUUCAUGGACGUAAGCAGUCAUUCGAAUCAAAGCCAUUUGAGCUACACGUCCAGCGCCAAUGCGAACAUGAAGCAUCUGACUGGACUGGCAACGCUCAGCAUGAGCUCGUCUACCAGCAGCGGCUACGGCUCCCAGGCUGUAUCCUGCAAUAAUCUAAGCAAUGAGGAUAUUACCUCCAUGCGUUCCAUGAGCAUUGAUGAGACACCAGAUUUCGACCGCAUCAAUUCAAAUUCGCCGCCAAAUCGCCAGGCGCGCGUCAAUCCCUUCCUCAAGGACAUGCCAAAAGCUAAAGCGCAAGAAGCAGAAGCGAAGAAGUUGCAGCAAGCAGUAACACAUCCAUUGGAGCAACCAGAGCCAGAGUUAGAGUUUAAGGAUGAGGAUUGCGACCAGCUGCAGAGUAAUAACAACAACAAUGUCAGCGACCAACUGGCAGUGCCAGAUCUAACACAGCAGGAGCAGGCAGAGCAACAGGUGCCCUUCCAGCCACCGGAUCAUGUCACAGACAAUCAAAACGGCAAUAAAUCGCUAGAGCACAUCCCCGAUACUUCCGAGACAAACGAAUCUGCUAAUCAUCAGCUGGAGGGCGAUGGCAUUGUUAAAGAGCAGCUGCCCGCUGGUAAAGUGAUGCGCCGCAAAAAGACCACAACGCAUCCACCGAACAAUGGCGAUAGCAGCAAUAAUAACAACAGUCACAACACGAGCCAAAUGACACGCAGCAAUCAACGCGCCUCGGUGGCCAAAAUGGAGGGCGUGAGCGCCUAUUUGGAUGCCAGCAUCAUGUCUAGCAGCACAGAGGUGGAUGAUGAAGGCAAGGAGCUGGAUUUGACACUGCCCGAUUGGAUUGUGGUAGGCGAGUCGGUGCUCAUACGUCCGUCUAACAAGAGCGGCGUUAUUAGCUUCGUGGGCACCACACACUUUCAGCCGGGCACUUGGAUAGGCGUUGAGCUGGAUACACCCACAGGCAAGAACGAUGGCACCGUACAAGGCAUCCAGUAUUUCCAGUGCAAGCCCACGCACGGUAUCUUUGUGCGCGCCGAUAAACUGCUCCUGGACAAACGUGGCAAGGCGAUGCGCGCCUACAAGGCAGCCGAGAAGAGCAACAGCAUCAGCAAAGAGAUGAGCAACUCGAUGACGCGCUCGAAGAGCCGUGGUGAAUCGCUAAAUGUGUCGGCGCGAAAAUGAUUAUACCCAAAGUGUUCGCAUCAGUUGCAGCGUUGGACUAAUUGCAGGCAAUCGACGUUGGUCAGCAGUGGAGUUGCGACAACGACAGCGACUCCAACGACCUGCCACAGAUUGCGUGCAACCAGUGGCGCUGCGGAUGCGAACAGUCAUGGCAAAAAGUGCUAUGCCAAUCGACGCUCGACGGCCUUCUAAGGUCGUCCACGAUGCACAUCGUCCAGCAACGAACAAUGCGCAGCAUUAAACAAUUACACGCUAGCUUAACUUUCUCUCACGCACUGCAUGCCGCAAUUACACACAAUUACAUGCAUACACACACACAAACACAUACACUCACACACACACACUUAUAACCCGACGCUUCGAAACGUAGUUGUAUGGCGGUGUCUACAGCAACACUAACAAUUAGCAAGUAACUUACUAAACGGGCCUACCCUUUACCAGCUGCUCGCGCUCUUAGUGGAUAAACUAAGCGAAUCGUUUGCGUAGUUGCAUUAACCAAGUGCAAUACCACAGACACUCUGAUGCACUUAGUAUAUAUAUAGUAGUUUUUAAUUAAUUAUGAUCGUUUCAAUGUGUAGUAUGUGUGUAUGUUUUUUAAUGAUAUUUCGAUUCCAACUGAUUCAGUUCUUGUAGUAAUUAAUGUUUGCUGCUUUUUGAUAAAGCACAUUGGAUUAUAUUUCAUAUAAAUAUAUAUAUAUAUUUUUGUACCGGUUGAUUAAUUAAUUGCCUAGUUUAGUUAAAUUGUUUUUUAUAUGUACAAAAAUUUACUUUGUGUAUAUCUCAAUCUAUAUCAAUGUGACUUGGUUAUUACUACUAUGAGCUUAUUUUUUAUUGUUAUGGACUAUAUCAAAUAUAUGAAAUCAGUUGUAUAUAUAUAUAUUUAUGCUGUAAGUUCUACCAGACAUGCAAUAUUUUUUCUAUACUUUUAGCUUCCUUAUUGAGCUCACAUUCUGUUUAGCGCAUUUAUACAUAUACCAACAAGAAAACCAAUACAAUAUUAGUAUAACAUAUAUAUAUAUAUUCCAUAUAACUGCGACCAUGCUAGCAAAAGCGAAUCAAGUUGAAUCUUGAAUCUUGUUUUAACAAUAAGAAGCUUGCAUACGCGUGGUAUAUAUGUAAAUUGUAUUAUUUGAUGUGAUGUAUUUAUAAUUUCUCCAUUUAUAUGUAUAUUUAAAUAAACUUCAUUUUG